ACAAUUUCCACCUCAGGAACACACACCUGAAACACACAAUUCCCAAGGAUGCUGCUGAUUCGAGCUAUCGUUCUGAUGCAUUUGGUCAUCUUGGCCCGAUGCUCAUCCAAACAGAACGUAACACUGGCACAGAUUGUAUCUGGAUCUGCCACCAAGCAACAGGCCAAUGCAACAGCAACUGUGGAAGUCCCGACAACAGCGAUGGGGACGACAGCAUCCGCUGUGCACUUCAGGCGCGUCCCAAGAAAGGUUGUUGAUAUCCCAGUGAUUGGAUUGGACUUUGAGACGUCGCACAAGCCUUGUGAUAUGGAAAUGAGAGGAAUUCGUCGCUACAUUUCGGCAUUCCCCAAUCAAUGCAUCUGGAGUUUCAACAAUCGGUACACCACCGAGGGCUACUAUCGCGUCUACAAGAUGUUCCAAUUGGAGGCAUUCUUCUUUGGUCAGUACCACGAGCGUCUAAAGCGCUACGAGACGGAGCCACAUAACUAUAAAGAGGCAUGAGGCACCACUCGACUGGCUGACUGUUUAACAGAACUUUUGUCUUUAAUUUGUCUAAAUAAAUUUUGU